AUGUCUCUAGCCACUACACACCACUACAUGCGGGGAGGUUGCAUUGCCAAUGCCGCCACAGCCGAUGAUGCCCCGUCCCAGGGAGAAUGGCAGCUCCUCCACGCGGGCAUCGGCGUGUCGGCGAUGCACAUGCAGCUGCUCCCGGAGGACUUCGUCCUCAUGUUCGACCGCACCGACACAGGCCCCUCCAACAUCUCGCUGCCCGCGCUGGCGCCGUGCGCGGACACCGUCGACGGCGCCGACUGCACGGCGCACUCGAUGCUCCUGGACGUCCGCUCCAACGUGCUGCACCCGUACCCGCUCGCCACCAACCCGUGGUGCUCGUCCGGGGCGCUGCUCCCCAACGGCACGCUCCACCAGACCGACGGCUUCUCCAGCGGCGACCUCGUCGCGCGGCUCUUCUCGCCGGCCACGGGCUGGUUCAACCUCGAGUACUUCCCGCACGCCGACGCCGCGCCGCCACUGACGGUCUUCCCGUUCCUGGACGAGACAACGGUGCCGGACGCCGAGAAUAACCUGUACCCGUUCCUCCACCUGCUCCCCGACGGCACCGUCUUCGUCUUCGCCAACGACCGCGCCAUCGUCUUCGACCCCUACAACCGCGCCCCGCUCCGCCGCCUCCCGCCCGUUCCCGGCGGCGUGCCGCGGAACUACCCGUCGUCGGGCUCGUCCGUGCUCCUCCCGCUCCGCCCCGACGCGCCCGCGCACGCCGAGGUGCUGGUCUGCGGCAGUGCGCCGCGGGAAGCGUACCACCUGGCGCUGCGGAACGGCACGUUCGUGACCGCCGACCGGACCUGCGCGCACGUCGCGCCGACGGACCCGGACCCGGUGGUGUGGGCGAUCGAGGAGAUGCCGAUGGCCCGGGUGAUGGGCGACAUGGUGCUGCUGCCCACGGGCGACGUGCUGAUCGUGAAUGGGGCCGCGGCGGGCACCGCCAGGUGGGAGCUGGGGCGGGAGCCGGUCACACGGCCCGUGUUGUACAGGCCCGACGCGCCGCUGGGGUCGCGGUUCGAUUAG